GGUGCAGGCGGCGGUGGCGGUUGGUCGGGCCGGUGGCCGCUGCGGGGGCUCGGGGCUCGCGGCUCGCGGCCAUGGAGUGGGGCUCGCAGUCGGCGGCCGUGAGGCGGCUCCGCGUCGGCGUAGAGCGCCGAGGGAGCCCGGCUGCCCCGGGACAGGAGGGGCGGGAGGCCUCGGAGCAGGGGCCGCUGCUCGGCUCGCCCCGGGACUGGGCGCGGAAGGGGGGUGACGGUGGCCGGGCCGCGGGGUCCGGGCUGUCGGAGGCGCGCGCCGCGGUCGCUCUCCUCCUCUACCUGCUCGGGCUCCGGCUGCUCGUGCAGCUCUCUCUGCGGCAGCUCGUGCUGCCCGCCUCCUCGGGGCCCCGCCCGGAGUUCAGCGCGCUGCGCGCCCGGAAUUAUCUUGAACAUAUAACUUCCAUUGGUCCCAGAACUACAGGAAGCCUAGAAAAUGAAGUUCUCACAGUUAACUACCUCUUGGAGCAGAUUAAACUGAUCAAAGCUGAAAGCAGCAGCAUUCACAAGAUUUCAGUAGAUGUGCAACGACCAACAGGGUCCUUCAGCAUUGACUUCUUAGGAGGAUUUACUAGUUAUUAUGAUAACAUAACCAAUGUUGUAGUAAAGCUGGAACCUAGAAAUGGAGCACAGCAUGCAGUUCUGUCCAAUUGUCAUUUUGACUCAGUAGCAAAUUCUCCAGGUGCCAGCGAUGAUGCAGUUAGCUGUUCAGUGAUGCUUGAAAUCUUACGAGUUUUGUCAACAUCAUCAGAAGCCUUACAACAUGCUGUCAUAUUCCUCUUUAAUGGAGCUGAAGAAAAUGUCUUGCAAGCCAGUCAUGGUUUUAUUACUCAGCACCCCUGGGCUAAUUUGAUUCGUGCAUUUAUUAACCUGGAAGCAGCAGGUGUUGGAGGAAAAGAGCUUGUAUUCCAGACAGGUCCUGAAAAUCCUUGGUUGGUCCAAGCAUAUGUUUUAGCAGCAAAGCACCCUUUUGCCUCAGUGGUAGCUCAGGAGGUUUUUCAAAGUGGAAUUAUUCCUUCAGAUACAGACUUUCGCAUCUACAGGGAUUUUGGCAGCAUUCCAGGAAUAGACCUGGCUUUUAUUGAGAAUGGCUACAUUUAUCAUACAAGGUAUGAUACAUCAGACAGAAUUCUCACCGAUUCUAUUCAGAGAGCAGGUGACAACAUUUUAGCUGUGCUUAAAUAUUUAGCUACAUCUGAUAGACUGGCUUCUUCCUUUGAGUAUCGACAUGGAAACAUGGUCUUUUUUGAUGUGCUUGGCUUGUUUGUCAUAGCCUAUCCAGCUCGUGUUGGCUCAAUAAUUAACUACAUGGUGGUAGUAGCUGUUGCCCUGUACUUGGGCAAAAAAUUCUUGAAGCCCAAACAGAAGGUUGCUAACUACACAAAGGAUUUCUUCUGUGGGCUUGGCAUCACACUGAUAAGUUGGUUUACCAGCUUAGUUACUGUUCUUAUUAUAGCAGUGUUUAUUUCUCUUAUUGGACAGUCUCUUUCAUGGUAUAACCACUUUUACGUCUCAGUCUGUCUAUAUGGAACUGCAGCUGUGGCUAAGAUAACACUUGUGCAUACACUUGCAAAAAGAUUCUAUUAUGUGCACACAAGUGAACACUACCUGGGAGAGGUAUUUUUUGAUAUUUCGCUAUUUGUGCAUUGUGGUUCUCUUCUUCUACUUACUUCUCAAGGACUGUGUUCGGCAUUUAUUAGUGCAAUUUGGGUAGUGUUUCCAUUGCUCACAAAGCUGCUUAUCAAUAAGGAAUUCAAGGAAAAUGGUGCCAAAGGAAGAUUUAUCUUGAUUUACCUUCUGGGCAUGUUUAUUCCAUAUCUUUAUGCACUAUACCUCAUUUGGGCAGUGUUUGAAAUGUUUACACCUAUCUUAGGAAGAAGUGGUUCAGAAAUUCCACCUGAUGUUGUGUUGGCUUCCAUUCUGGCUCUCUGUACAAUGAUUUUGUCUUCUUAUUUUAUUUCCUUCAUCUAUCUUGCCAAAAACACAAAAGUGACAAUAUUUGCUUUGGCUUCAGUAUGUGCAGUUACAUUACUUCUAGUUUGCAGUGGGAUCUUCUUUCCAUAUAGUGCUGAUCCUGCUAAUCCAAAGCCCAAGAGAGUCUUUCUUCAGCAUUUAACCAGAACAUUUCAUGGCUUGGAUGGAAAUAUAGUGAAGAGAGAUUCUGGAAUAUGGAUUAAUGGAUUUGAUUACACUGGAAUGUCUCACAUCACUCCUCAUAUUCCUGAGAUCAAUGACACCAUCAGAGCCCCUUGUGAGGAGGCAGCUCCCCUCUGUGGAUUUCCUUGGUAUCUUCCAGUGCAUUUUUUAAUCAGGAAAAACUGGUACCUUCCUGCACCAGAAGUUUCUCCUGGAAACCCUUCUCGCUUCAGGCUUAUAUCCAAAGAGCAAACACCCUCAGAGUCUGUUAAGUUAACCUUUGAAGUAACAGGUCCUAGUCACAUGUCAUUCUAUGUCCGCACACAUGAAGGAUCAACUCUUUCCCGAUGGUCUCUUGGCAAUGGUACACCAAUUACAAGUAAAGGAGGAGAUUAUUUUGUAUUUUAUUCUCAUGGACUACAGGCUUCUCCCUGGCAAUUCUGGAUAGAUGUGCAGGUCUCAGAAGAACAUCCUGAAGGAAUGGUCACUGUGGCCAUAGCUGCUCAUUACUUUUCUGGAGAGGACAAGAGGUCUCCUCAGCUGGAUGCCUUGAAGAACAGGUUCCCAGACUGGACAUUCCCUUCUGGUUGGGUUUGCACCUACGACCUCUAUGUAUUUUAAUUUCUGUCACUUUGUAGGAAUAUGGCUAGUGCUAUGCUCCAUUCUUGUUUGACCUGGAAUAUGACCUAAGAGAGGGAGUUGGCCUAAUUUAGCAAUUAUUAUUAGGUGCGCUCUGUUGCUUUCAAGUGUGAAACUGAACUUCUUAAAAUUGGUGGAAAAGCUCUAAUUGACAACUAAUAAUUUUGUUCUUCCUUGCUUCAGCCAGAAGAGAGACAGGGAGAAAAGCUUCAAGCAGCAGAAAAUUUAGAUGGUAUGUUGGGGAGUGACUUUUUUGAUUCUUGAAAAUGCCAGGGAGUGAAGCUCAUGUGGUUAUUGCUAUUUGCAAGGAUUUCUCAUUUUAUGUGACCUUUAAAAAAAGGGGGGGGGGGCACUAUAAAUUCUUCCUUCAGGAUCAUGUAGAAAUGAAUUAGUGUUAUAGCAGGAAAUAGCAUUUCUGAUUUAAAGCCAUAGAGCAUUUUUGUGGUGUUCAGUGGAAUAGAACAAUAUAUGAAGUAGUGAUUCUAAUUAGAACUGAGUUGUGUAGGGGAUAAUAACGCUUAUGUGAAUGCUUGAAACUGAACAGAUAAUCUCUAGAAGUCCCUUUCCAGCUCUAAUGAACUGUAAUUCUUAAAAGAAAUUGAUAAGUGCCCAUGAGUUACUGCACUUGGAAUACCCACCAAUAUUGGGAAUUGCAUGCCAGUGUCUUGGAUCACCAUUGUGCAUUUUGGCCUUGGUGUUUUCAAUGCCUUAUGUUCUCCUAGAAAUCUGUGUACCUGCUCUUGAAUAUACCACUUUAGGGAAUGGAGAAGCCACAUUUUCUUUUGGGUUCUCAUAGGUCUUUUCAGAGUAUUGUUAGUACAAGGUCCACAUAGCGAGAGACGCAAGAUGACCCUGACUUGCAUCAGAGCACUGACAUGUUCCUUUGGCUUUUAUUUUUUUUUUAAUGUGGUUGAAUAUUUUAUAAAUAUUUAUUCUGAUUUCUUUGUUAUGUAGGAGUUGUUAUUUUUUCUGGGUUAUUUCUGUGUCUUUUUAAGAUGUUUAUUUAUGCAGAGGACACUGCACUGGGUUCAUGCCACAUUCUAUUGUAUGAUUAGUUUUAUAAAUGCAUUCCUUUAUUUGCUAGCAUGACUAGUUUUCCUUGAGUUUGAAGAUGUCUUUUAGUGAGAUUGGAUACCUGAACAUACUGUGAAAAUGUGACAGUGCCCAGGAAUUUGGCAUUUGAUUGUGAUGUGCUUUUUUUUGUUUUGAAAAAAAAUUUUAUACGGUUUGUAGGUAGUUCUCCACAGUAGAAAAGGCUUUGGUGUGUAUUCAAUUCCUAUGGCAGAUGGAUAGUAAAUUCUACUAGAUUUUCCUUAAUUAAAAAUAAAAAAGAGGGCACAGACAUGCUUGUUGAACUUCAACAGGUACACAAGAGAACAAACUAGAAGUUCAUUUGUUUUGUUAAGAUAGAGUGGCUGCCGAAGCCCCUCGAUUAGAGAUGAAAAACAGAUAAGUGUCUACCUCUCUGAAAUGAGUACAGUCUAUAUACAUCCAAUUGAAGUGGGAGUGGGUAAAGAGAAAGGAUGGUUUGUUUUCAAAGCUGGAGACCACAGAAUUAGGAUAGUUUGCUUAAACUUUGUCUAUAAGUUGUCUACCUAAUUUGUGGCUCAUUCAAACUAAUGCGAGCCCUUGUAGACACACAGCAUGACCACCUGAAGGCUAGGUCUCACAAGGCCCAGAUUAUUGCAGCUCUGUUUUCUAGAGGCUUAGCUGUUUCUGAGUUUCCAUUCAUAAUCCACUUCAAAAGGCUGCAGUCUGUAUCUAGCUACUGCCAGAGCUUUUGAUGACAGUUCAUUUCUGAUUCUGUGUUGUUGAAAUUUGGAGGUAUUUGGGAACAGCUGUUGUAGAUAAUUCUAUUCCAUUGUUAUAAAAAUGAAAUAGAUUGAACAGUCUCUCUAGAAAUUUUAGCAAUUGUGCUUAACCUGAAAUCUGAAAUAAAUAAGAUUUAUUAUUAGGAAUAGAUGUAACUGUUCUAGAAAGCAAAACAAUAUUUUCCCUAUGAGUUUUUCCUGUGUGUGCUGCUACUCACUUCUGGUGGUAAUCAUGAUUUUCUUUUUUACUUUGGAAUAUUUGUCCUUUUAAGAAUAAUAGUCUUCAUUUAAUUAUGUUGAUCAUUUUGAAUUUGGCUGUCAUAGGAGUUGGGCUUUCCAGGUGGUUAGUACAGAGAUAUCCACUAGUCUAUUAGAAUGUUAAUGCAAAGAUUCUUUUUACGCGUUACAUGCCAGAAAUGUUCAAAUAAAUAAAACACUCAGAGCUAUUUAAUAAGCACAUUGAGCUGUUCUUGUUAGAUCAGUAGCAUUUGGAAUAAAUGAACUCAUUUAUAUUUUUUAGAGCCUCUGACAGGAUCAUUUCAGUGACUCAUUUUGAAAAAGGUCUUUUAAAAUCAUAAUAAAUACUCUGUUUUACACAGCAUUUUAGCUGUAUGUAGCACAAUGUUUGGGAAAAGUACGCAGAAGGGCGACUUAAUUAUUUCUGAGUAUUACAUUGUGCCUCUGACCUUAAGAAUGAUUGUCACAUGCAGUUUUUCCUGUUGUUACAGUUUAACAAAUGUAAAUAAGCAUGCUAUGAACCCUUAAAAUGUUACCAUUGAAGCAAUAAUUGUGUGCAUAUUUGAGGAAUAGAUAGCCAGCUUGCUGACUCAGGAAGCAUUCUUUCUAAAAAUAAAUACACAAAUUGUGUGUAGGUAUACACACACACACUAUUGUUGAUUUGAGUUGUCUAGUUUUGAAUUAUUAAAGAGUUACUUGUUGCCUUAUGUUACUUAAACUUUUUAACAUCCUGCUUUCUUUUUAUAGGGUAACAUUGUUUAGCCCCUAAAGUUUUCUUCCUUUCCCUCCACUUCCCCCUUUCCUCUCCAUUCAAGGGUUGCAUAAAUUUAGAAAAAUGUUUUGUUUGUAAAAUUAUAAUUGAAGUAUAAUUAUGAAAUAUAAUUAUCUUUAAAAAGUGGAUGAUGUGACCAAAGAACAUAACAUUUUAACUGGAAUGUGUAUUAUGGUAGGAUUUUUACCGUUGAUUGAAAUUGUACAUCUCAACUUCAUAGAAAUGAAAAGUCAAAUUACUUGGGAGUUGCUAGUUGCUUAGCUGCAGUGGAUUGGACGGGAUUGUUACUUACUGUUAAAUCAUCAACAUUUGAAGUGUUAAUACAUUUUUUUUUUUAAAUAAAGAGAUAGUAAAAAUGAGUUGAGGCUCAACUAGUUAACCAU